AUGGAAGCGACCGGAACGGAGAUCCGACGCACGAUAGCGAGAAAGGAAUCUGGAGGCGAAUUAGUGCAGUUGCCGCGUCUGAACAAGGACGAUCUGUGCCCCGCCGUGCCGCCUCCUCAUCAUUUGAUUACAACAAACGACAAGCGAUCUCGAGGUAAACAGAUGAGGGACACCAACUAGGUCAGACGCUAAACUAUCUUCACGUAUAUCAAGGGUUCGAGUGAGGUAAUCAAGAAAUGGUAUCGAUAGGUUUCAAGGCAUGGUAACGAUAUGUUAAAGGAGUCAAUAAUAGUUAGAUAGGCAGUAUAUUAAGGUUUAAGACAAAGUCUUUCAUUUACACGUUAGGGGGUCAAAAAGUUUUGUCGUUGUUCGAGUUGGAAACUUUAUUAAAUAAACGACAAGACUUUUCAAUUUAACUAUUAUAGACUUAUAUUGUUAUAAUGAGAACUUCAAAACGAAUACCGACAGAUGCCAACGGUCUCAAAGUACAGAUGCUAGCGUUCUUCACGGUAAAGUACAGGUGUCAACGUGA